CAUCCUCACCUCUCUUUCUCUCAAUAUUAUUUUAGUUUAGUUAAUGUAAGUCUUUGCUUAUGUCACGAGUUUCCUCGGGUUCUCUCUUAUUCCCUUCUCCAAUUGCUUUCUUUUCUAACUUCUUUUCCAACACGCAACUUUCAACAUCACACCCCCCCUAUUUCCACAUUUAAUAUCAUAUCUUACUAUUUUUAUUAUUUUUUUAUUUCUCUCUAAACUUCAACUCUUCUCUUUUCCUUCUUCAUUCUUCUACCCUUUUCAUCACACUUUCCCUCUCCAAUAUUUUUUUUUCUUUCACAAAGCUCCAAUUUCAUUUUUUCUUAAUUAUAUUCCAUACUUUAUAGUCACACAUAUUUAUACAAUAUAGUUAAUAUAUUAAUUAACCCUUAAAUUUUUCUUUGAGUUCAAUAUGGGGUAUGCUGAGAAGGCACAAGUAGAAGGAGGAUUUGAUUCAGAAAAUAAUAGAAAAUGGGUCAUAGCUGGAAUUUCUUUAAGAGCUCCAUUGAAACCAAUAUACACAAUUCCAAUUGAAAAGGAGCAACAAAAAGAAGAACAAGUUGAAAUUGAAACAGAGGAAUGUUGUACACCAACAAGUGAAGAAUCAAAGAUUCCAACUCUAUUAACGUGUCCACCAGCUCCUAGAAAGCAAAAAGCUUCUUUGAAGUGCAAUUAUCUUGGUGGUGGUGGUGGUGGUGUUGUAAGAGAGUUUUUCAAACCACAAGAUUUAGAAAGUGUUUUUAUGCGCCAUGUUGAAAGUGCUAAUUGAUUGCACAAAGGUGAAAAAAAUUAUAUAGUUGUUGAUGUUUGAACUUAGAUUUAUGUUAGAGCUAGCUAUAGCUUUUGUUAUGUUAUUACGUUUUGUAUUUUAAUUAAUUAAUUUUCUCUAGUUUAUGUGUUUUCUCUUAGUUAUAGAGCUUCCUUUAGUACUUUAAAUAUUUAGGACUUUUUAUUUUGUAUAGAGUUGUCUCAAAAUUAAUAAAAUUGUUUGCAUGCUUGAAUCUUGAUCUUA